AUGGUGACACUUGUAAAAAAUGCCAGCAGUAGCAGUAAAUGGCAAAAUGGCAAAAAUAUAUCCAUCCAAGGGAGGCUACAAUGUCUUUUAUUCAUCCAUAAACCCGGAGAGCUUCAGUUCAUCCUUCCAGUCCCAGCCCCAAUAUCACCAUCUAUGGGAAACCCCACUGAUACUGCCAAGCAGCACUUAGUGCUUCCUUUGUGCUCCCUGGCAGCUCUCCCCUGGCUCCAUUAUAACAUUUACCACUUCUUAGGGAUCAUUUACACUUCUGCUGCCUCUUCUAUCUCUCCAAGAUGCUAA